CUCAACAUGUGGACCAAGCAGGACACUCAUGACCUUGAGAACCCGUCUCUCACGUCCACGCCAGUGUGCAGCCAGAAAGCCAUUGUCACCACACCGCUGCAGCGUGACAAGACCCCCCUCACUCAGAAGGAAAACUCAGUAUUUGUUACACCCAACCACAAGUCUGAGAUUUGUACGACACCACGGACUCCGACGCCAUUCAAAAAUGCCAUGGAGAAGUACGGGCCGCUGCAGCCUCUGCCUCAGACGCCGAACCUUGAAGACGACAUAAACGAGGUCAUCCUGAGAGACUCUGGGAUUGACCUGGUUGUUGUACGUUCCACUCCGCCUGAACAAAGACGCAAAACGAUGCAUCGGCCUCCUAUGAAGAAAGUGCGGAAAUCGUUGGCCUUAGAUGUCGCAGACUGCCAGGUGACGCCUGCAUCCAAACGCAAAGCCAUCAAAACUGAAGCCAAACACACCGUCAAGGAAGAACCGGUACUAGUUUCUCUCAGCUCCUCGUCAUUUUGCAGUAAGCGGCAUGAAAGCAUUUUGGAUCAGGGCUUCCUUUUGGGACCCAGUGACAGCGCCAUAUUUCCCAGCACAGUGACCCCGCUCCCAAUGUCCAAAGAAUGGGAGACGGUUGUGUGUGGACAAACUAAAGACCAGCUCAUAAUGACGGAGAAAGCAAGACGCUACCUUCGCCCGCUAAAAUCCCACGCUCCCAACCGGGCGCUGAUUCUAUCCUGAGACAUGUCUCGUCUUUAAACCAACAUGUUACAUGUGCAGAACUUGACGUUGCUGUGUCCCCUAUAAUUUUCAAUGUUGUAAUUUGUUCUGGAGAAAAGGAGCAUGUAAUGGGUAGGUUUAGUACCAUUUUUU